GCUCUGGCUUCUUGGACACCACCAAGGGCGCUGGCUUUCCACUGCCGGUCGGGAGGAGGAGACCACUUGUCCGUGCCGCGGCUGCUGCUGCUGCUGCUGCUGGGCAGGGCGACGGAGGCGUCGCGGGUAUCUGUCGGUCGCUGUCGUCGUCUUCCUCGUCGUCGAACUCGCUGUCUGUGCUGCCGAAUAGACGGUCGUCUUCUGCGUCUUGGUCCGUGGCCGCCGUCGGGUCCAUCGUGGGAGCCCACCGCGGGGAGGCUGUUUUGUGCAGCGAGGAAGAAACAGCUGGAUGGGCUGGGAGCGGGCCAAUCAAUGUGCGACGGGCUUCCUUUCCUCCUCCACGUGGAUGCGAGUUCGGGAAGGGAAGCAGAGAGAAAAAAAAGUCAGAAGAUCGCAAUCUCGAAAAAGAAUAGAGUACUUCCGCAUCUCACGGUCGCAAGUGGCAAUGACAUGCGUGGAGGAGCCUGCCUCGAAUGCAGACUGAGCAAGGUCCGCUGUGCGCCGUCGUCGUCGUGUGCUGCGCCCUGCCAGCGAUGCCAGCGCCACGGCUUUGAGUGCCAGUUUGAGCAGGCGCGCAAGCGCGGGCCCAAGGCCAGGAGCAAGGUCCUUUCCCAGCGAGGACCCUCCGCCGGGCGGGCCGAGCGAGCAGAUGUGGCACACGCACACGCGAGACAAGCGAGUCCAGGAAGGUCAGGCAUGAAUGCAGGCGCAGGCGCAGGCGCAGGGGAAGCAGCAGUGGUGUCCAGGGCGAGCAACAAUGCCAGUGCGAGGCCGGCGUCGGACUCGAUGCACGCGUGGAAUGCGCUGGCGAGGAGCACGGCACAGCGCGGGUCGACGUACACGUUUGUCAGCGCGGGUGAAAAUCUCGACGGGUCGACGAUCAAGAGCAGGGUGGGGCCGGGUCCACCCACGCUGCGCGGGCUCUUGGCCAGGAUCGAUAACAAGCAGCAGCUGCAGCAGCAGCAGCAAAGGCCCCGCACGCCGCAGCGCGUCACCCUUCUCGCCGACGUCGACGCGUGCGAGGCCGGCAUCAUUGGCGUCGACGAGGGCCGGCGGCUGUUUGCCUACUACCUCGACUGGAUGGAGCCCUGGGUGUCGGUGCUCGACGGUGCGAGACAGGACCACGACGCAGUCAAGCGGUCGUCUGCGCUCCUCUACUCGACCAUCGUCUUUCUCGCCGCGCGCUUCUGCGAGCACAGCCGGCGCACAGAGCUGGGCCUGCACGCGCGCAGCCUCGCCGCCGCGUGCUUUGCCCACGCCGACGUGGGCCUCGACACGGCGUUGGCCCUCUACCUGCUUGCGACCUGGAAGGACGUCGACGACGGCUUCAGCGACGUCUACACGGCCCACGCGGCCCGCAUCAUGUCCAUCUCGGCCUCGCAGCUGAGCAGCAGCAGCGCACCGCGCGACCACCAGCGCCUCUUUCUCUUCUACAUCGUCCAGCACCACUCCUUUCUGCUCCACUACGUCGCCAGCCCCACGUUUGUCGACCUGGGCCACGGCCUGGUGAAGCGCUGCGUCGAGUGGUGCCUCGCGCCCGACGCCAUGCCCUCCGACUGGUUCCUCGGCUCCGAUGUCGAGAGCACCGCGCUCCAGUGCCGGUACAAGGACCUGAUCGAGGCCGCGGCAGGGUCGGCCAGUGCCAUUGCCUCGCUCCUCGCCGCUUUUCUUCAAGAAGUCGACGCGUGGCAGCAGCGCUGGAGCAGCCUGGCCCAGCAGCGCGAGCCUAGUGCUGCUGACGGCUCCCGCAGCUACGGUCAACAGGUCCGGCGCGCCGGCCACGAGAUGUUCCGGAGCAGCUUCUGCAUGCACGUCACCUCCAAUGCCCUCCGUACGCUCCUCAAGGCCAGCCGUGGUGGGGGCGCGUCGUCGUCGCUGUCGUCGUCGGCCGCCGUCGAGGAGGCCAAGCGGAGGAGCUACGCCGUCUCGCUCGAGGCGGCCACCCGGCUCCUCGCCGAGGUGGCCAGCAUGGACCGCCAGGUGAUCGUCCACAUGCCCGAUCCAAUUAUGGUCCUCUCGGCCCACGCCGCCCUGCUGGCCGUCUACCUGGUGCUGCUGCCCCUCGUAGUGCCCCACCUCGUCGUCUUCAUCGACGUGGCGCCCCACGAGGCUGCGUCGCGCCGGGACGAGGUGCUCGACCUCGUCGCCGCCGCUGCACGUGCCCUCUCCGACACCAGGGCCAUCGAGGGCGCGACGACGCUGUGCGCCGACUACCUCGAGAGCCUCCUGGGCCUCUUUUCUCCCCCCGCGGCCUCCUCGUCGUCGUCGCAGUCGUCGCAGCCUUCCACCUCGCUCUUUCCUGCCUCGACAACCGCAUUGGCGACGCUGGCAGGAGCAGCCGGACCACCACCACCACACCCACCACCCAGCAGCGGGGACGUCGUCGUCACGGCCAGCGACUGGGACUGGCUCCAGGCCUUUCUCGACCUGCCCGAAGCGCCCAUGUUCCGCUAGCCACACUGUCUCGCUCGUCUGCCUUCCAUGUAACGAUAACCACAUCUUCCUGCUAGCCACAUGUAUGUAACACACUCUGCUCGACUCGACUCAAAUUGUAAAUGCUGGAUGGGAUUGAAUGAAA